UCUCCCCCCCCCCCCCCCUGCAAGGCGUGUGUGGUUCAGCUGGCAGGAAGGACGCAGGUUCAAGUGCUGGAAUCGCCUGAAACCAUCCCUCCCUCUAUCUAUCAAUCCAAGAGACCCUUAUGGGAAGCACGGCCGUGGAUUCCACUAAGAAAAAGAGCGGAAUGAAGAGAAACAAGAGGCGCAUGUUGCGCCUGAAUAUCCCGGACCUCAGUUCGUUUGCCAUGCCUUUCCUGGAUGGUGAUGUAGAAACCUCCGAAAAAGAUGUUUCUCACAAGGGAGAAGACAGCUCCCAUUCCAGUGGCAGCCCUUCCAAAGGAUUCUUCUCCCGGAAUUUUUACAACCGACCUUCCAGCCCCAUCUCCGCUCCAGUGAGGGUAAAGCAAAGCCCUGGGUCUCCAAAAACGGUCUUCCCUUUUCCCCAAGACUCUUCGCCAAAGUCUCCCCGGCGAAUGAGCUUCAGUGGUAUCUUCCGCUCCACCUCAAAGGAUUCCUCUGGCAGUUCCACUUCUACCUCGCCUGUCUCGAUGAAGUUUUUCUCCAGAUCCAGAAAAGCCUCGGGACUCUCUACUCCCUCCACACCAGUACAAUCCACCAAGCCUGCCUUCCCCCUGGAAUCGUAUAAACAGGAACCUGAGCGCUUGGAUGCUCGAUCUCGUUCCUACUCUUCACCGCCAGACACAGGCCAGCGAUUCACUCUUCCAUCGGCCCCACCAGUGGUGGCAGCCAAGCCACUGGCACCCCCGACCAGCUCCAAUGCUACCUCGAAACCUGUACAAGGCUCGGCGGAAGGUAUGCUGGAGAAGCUGGAGCUAGAGGAUGAAGCUGAAGAGUCUGACAGUGAUAUUUAUAUGAGGUUUAUGAAAUCCCACAAGUGCUAUGACAUCGUCCCCACCAGUUCAAAGCUUGUUGUAUUUGACACUUCAUUGCAAGUGAAAAAGGCCUUCUUUGCUUUGGUGGCAAAUGGCGUUCGAGCAGCCCCACUUUGGGAGAGUAAAAAACAGAGUUUUGUAGGAAUGUUAACUAUAACAGACUUCAUAAACAUACUGCACAGAUACUACAAGUCACCCAUGGUGCAAAUUUAUGAGCUGGAGGAGCACAAGAUUGAAUCAUGGAGAGAGCUUUAUUUACAAGAAACAUUUAAGCCUUUAGUGAACAUAACACCAGAUGCAAGCCUCUUUGAUGCAGUGUAUUCGCUCAUAAAGAAUAAGAUUCACCGGUUGCCAGUGAUCGACCCAAUCAGUGGAAAUGCACUUUAUAUCCUCACUCACAAGCGGAUCCUAAAGUUCCUGCAGCUUUUUGUCUCCGAGAUGCCAAAGCCUGCCUUUAUGAAGAAAACACUGGAGGAACUUGGGAUAGGAACGUACCUUAAUAUUGCCUUUAUCCAUCCAAACACUCCUAUUAUUAAAGCGCUGAGUAUAUUUGUGGAAAGAAGGGUUUCUGCCUUGCCGGUUGUGGAUGAGUCAGGGAAGGUUGUAGAUAUUUAUUCCAAAUUUGAUGUUAUAAAUCUUGCUGCUGAGAAGACCUACAAUAAUCUGGAUAUCACUGUAACCCAGGCACUGCGACACCGCUCACAGUAUUUUGAAGGGGUUGUGAAGUGUCACAGGCUAGAAGCACUGGAGACAACAGUGGACAGAAUAGUCAAAGCCGAGGUUCAUCGGCUUGUAGUGGUUGAUGAGAAAGAAAGCAUUGUGGGAAUCGUCUCAUUGUCCGACAUUCUGCAGGCUCUUGUUCUCACCCCAGCAGGUAUAGAUGCACAAUAUUCCUAAUCUCCUGGAGUCUGACCUCUGACCCCUUCCUCUAGGCACUCAGGUUCUAUAAGAAAGGAAAGCAUUACAGAAUGACUGAUUAUAAUGGGCAUUGAAGUUGCUUGACAAGAACUCUUUGAAGCUUCUUAUUCUGUUCAGGACCAGGUGAACGCUGGCUACAACAGAGAAGAGAAGGCACAAGAUUGUGAAAUCAGGAAACUGAAACAGUUUAAUCAAACACUGUAGCUGGAUCUGAUAAGUAUUAGUGACAAUAUCUGAAACCAAAUUGGUGAUCUUGCUCACUGAAUAGCUAUACAGAUACAGCUGUAAUGUUGCAAUUAAGACUUUGAAAGAAUUUAUUUUGCAAAAACUAUUAGCAACUGUACCUAAAAGAUAUUUUUAAACAAUGUGUUAAAGCCAGAAUGAUUCAAGUGGCUAUUUAUUUCAAACAGUUUGUUGGUAACUUUUUCAUGACUUGGGGUUGGAACCAACCAACGCUACUGUGCGAAUUGUCAUGAAAAAUCUCAAACUUCAAAAUCAGUUUGGACCUGCUACAGCACUUAUCUGCUGACAUGUACAUCUUAAUCCUCCAAUUCAAUAGGAGCAUGCAGUGAGAAAACUGUUAACUGUACUGUACUGUAAAUAGGAAGUUAUUGAGGGAAAACGUGCCAGAGAAAGGUAUAUUUUUCGGUGUAAGCAAAUGUAAAAUUAUGUUUGUACGAUUGCACAUUUAAUUUUUUUGUAAAUUAUAUUGUUUUCAUAUGGCUGCAAGGAUGGGGGGAACAUUUUGUCCUUGUAAAUGCACAAAGGCAUGAAAAUGACACUAUCAAUAUAUCGUAGAUUCUUUUGUUGAAAGGAGGAGAGGGGAAAAGGAAAACAAUGAUACUUGCUGUUGUGAGGAUUUGCUGGGGCAUGAAAAGAAACACUUGAUUUUGUCGCAAAACCUUAUUAAAGUAAUAAUGCACUUUAAAACAUGGACAUUCAAGAAUUGUGUAGCGAAUUCACACAAAUAUGAUGCAAGUUGAAAUUUGCAUUGGGCCCCAACCCAGCCCUGAAGAUUUGAAGUAUCUCCUGUGGGUGGGUAAAUCUACACACAACAUCAAAUACUUAAGCAGGUUAUUACCUCAAAAUAACAUUUCCAGUGGAAGAUGUUUCCUGAAAAUCUGAUCUUGAUGAUGGAGACUGGGCUUUAGAUCAGCAUAGGCUACUGAAUUGAAUUACUUGGUUGACUUUGAAUCUUGCGUUCUCUUUCCUCUUUCCCUCUACCCCCAGAAAAAAAAAAUAGAAAAAAAUUAAUCAUUGGUGGUGAUUCAGUAACGUCGGUGAAUUCUGUACUUCCGCUAUGGUAAGGAUUGUGUAAUAGAAAGUGAACUGGUGUAUGUAUGACAGGAAUGUGCAGUAUCUCUGAAUACUUCGCUGAAACCUGGGAAGUAGAAAGAUGUCCUCCCAUAAGCAACUUUCAUCUACAAAUGCUUGAGCAAAGGGCUCAUACCAGUCCUAGUUUUAAGUUCCCAGCCUUUUGAUCUGGGUUGAUGAAGUUUACAUCACAAUGUUGCAAUUUAAGUGCCAUUACAAUGAUUCAAUCUAAAAUUGAUGUGAACUGAGUCUAAAUGUAGCGUAUUAAAACACAUCUUGUAUCAUAUUUUGAAUGCUGUCCUGCAUUUCUUCUGUGCAUUAUCAUAUGUAUACAAUAUUGUACAUCUUUAAUGUUGAAUAAACAAGGUUUAUUGCCAGGUGCAACUAAA